AUGCGUCCAGCCGAACAAGGGCCAAAGUGCUGCAGCCCAGUGGCACACAUGCGGGCCGUAAGCCGAGGGACCACGGCCCAAGGCUCAGGGCCAAAGGCCCAGCGCCGGGAUCCGAGCGAGUUGCACGCUCGUCCCUUCAAGGCCACUGCAUCGAUCGGGUCAUGGAGUGAAUGGACAACUGUCUCUCUGUCCACUCAUUCUUUCGCUCGGCCGACCUACUCUACCCCGCCUCGCUCUACGUUCUGCCAGCCUGCCCUACUCUACCCUAUCCUGCCUAGACCGGCCCGGCCCGGCCCGGCCUGGACCGGACUUGCCCUCAAGCCCGAAAGACCAGAGUCAGCACUAACCGGCACUGGCUCAAAUGGGCCUCUAGGACUGGUGGACAGGCGUGCUGGCAACUGA